GUAAAACAUAAUAAUGACAAAUAAAUAUAAAUUUUUUCAAGUGUGUCCAGGAAAUGAUAAAAAUCAGUUCAAAGGAAUCUGUGUCACAGCAAAAGUGAGAAAAAGCAGAAUCAUGGUGCGGAUGAUAAACAGGUGCAAAUGUAAUCUUUUGAGGGGGAGAAAACCAUUAAAAUAAUAUAUAUAACAACUCCAGAGAAGGAAAUUGUGCUGAAGGUUUUUCAUGCCUGUGGACCAAGUUUUAAAAAAUGCAAUUGUGAUGAAAAGGGUGAGACAGAAGUACAUAGGAUAAAGAUAAAAAUAAUAAUUUUUAUUUGUUACACCAUGUAAAAAUAAUUUAAAUAAAGCCAUUUACGGGCACCUUUAGCAAUGAUUUAAUGGUUUCUACCUCCUGAAUAUUCAUUAUUAUGCACGCAAUAGUAAAUGAAAAAGGUCAAGGCAACCUAAAUGUUGCCAUAUUGUUAAAAACUUUCCAAACAGGGAAACCUGACAUUGUGCAAAAAUGACCAUAAAUGUUCGAGAUGUUCAGAUUCACUAGUUUUUGGCUUGAUCACUCUGUUAUACUUAAAUUGCUUAAAUUGGUCGGAAUUGUUUGGUCACUCUUGCGCAGUUGAAGUGAUGGGUGCAUAAGCCUGUGAAUGUGUUUGUGUGUGUUAAGGGGGUUGGAGUUGUAAAGGGUACUCUUAAAAGCACAGCAGCAGCUUUGUAACUUCCUGUUAAGAAUCAGAGUGCAACUUCAACAGAGCAGUCAACUGAUUAGUUUACCAUGGCUUCCGAAGCUUCCAACAGUUCUGAUGCUUUCAGCUUCUCUGAAGACUUUGGUUUCCUCUAUGGGGAGAAUUCCACAGACUUAUUUCCUGAGGAUUUGCUUCCUGAGAUUUUGCCCAUCCAGAUAACGGCUCUGGUUCUCUACGCCACUGUGGUCCUGCUCGGAGUACCUGGUAAUGCUCUUGUUUUGUGGGUGACUGGCUUCUGCAUGACCCGCUCUGUUACGUCUAUCUGGUUCCUGAACCUGGCGCUGGCUGAUCUUCUGUGCUGCCUGUCCCUCCCUCUGCUCAUGGUGCCCCUGGCACACGAUGACCACUGGCACUUCGGCCCGCUGGCCUGCACUCUAGUCAAAGGCCUCUUUUAUUUGGUGAUGUACUGUAGCGUUCUGCAGCUGGUUCUGAUCAGCUUGGAUCGACUCAUGCUUGUCAAAAGACCCAUCUGGUGCCAGAACAACAGGCAUCCCAGGAAAGCUGUAUGGGCAUGUGUGGCUGUGUGGUGCCUGGGUCUGGUGGGCAGCAUCCCACAGUUUGUCUAUGCCCAGCAGAUUGAGGCCGGGGAACAGAAGAGAGAAUGUGUACUAGCAUACCCUCAAAAACGUGUCUGGCCCAUUUCAUGCUUUCGCUUUGUGACGGGAUUCAUCCUCCCCUUCUUUGUCAUCAUCAUCUGUCAUCUGGUGGUGUACAGCAUCACCCAGGGGGGAAUGUCACGUAGUCGGGUGAAAUCCAAACGAACCCUGAGGGUCAUCAUUGCCGUGGUGUUAAGCUUCUUCUUGUGCUGGCUCCCCUUGCACAUUGUGGACUUUAUCGACUUGGCCACCCCACGAAGUUCCUCCCACGGUCCAGAUAUCUAUCUGGCUCAGGUACUGACCCUCUGCCUGGCAUAUUUCAACAGCUGUGUCAACCCUUUGAUCUAUGUGUGCAUAGGGCGAAGCUUCAAAGACAGCAUGAGCCGCAGCCUGCGUCACGUUUUUCACUUUGCCACCGAGGACCCAAACUUAAAGGGGAGUGUCAAGAACAUUGACACCAAGAGCACCACCAAUGGAAGGGAGAUGACCAACAUCUGACUUGUUUUCACAAUCAAAGCCCAAACUUUUAUAUCUGUGGGGGAGAUAUAUAUGAACAGUUAACUCCCUGCAACUUUUUUUGGCCCUGAACUCAAAUUUAGUUUGGAAUAAACUCUCAAAUUUACCAACAUUGUUUUAAAGAGACCAUGUAAUACAUCAUUCUGAAUAUGUGGGCAGGUGGACUUCUGCAAAGGCAGUGAAUAUGUUGGGUGGCUCAUAAUUGCUAAUCAGGAUGUCUUGCAUAAUCUGCAAUGUUCCAAAAGUUCCCUCUUAAGCAGUAAAGAUUUAAACAUUUGGCCCACUUCCUCUUUUAUAUAUUAUCAACAGACGAGUUUUGUAUUUGCAAGCUACAGGUUUCUAUGUGCAUCACCUUACUGUGACAAAUUAAACUGCUGUCAGAGAAAGUUGUUUUUAACAUUCAUAGGUAUUCUUUCCUCAUAACAACUUUCGGUAGUGACGAAAGAUUGGGCAGAAAUGUCAUUUAUGUUGCUGUUACUUAUACACACCACAAGAGGGAAACAUUCUCUAAAAGUUUAAAGAUCACAAUGUUACAUUGCUUGUCAUAAGAACGGUUCAUUAUAACAAAGUUCCCUUUUCAAAAAGGCCUGACGUUUAUAACAUUUAUUCUUUUUCAAUUAACAGAAAACAUCUAACUAACAAAAAAUGUUGUAUUGAUGUAAUGUUUUUUUUUGUUUGACGUUUACAAAAAUAUUGCAUAUUUGACACAGUUUAAUAAGAAUUGCAGUGCAGGUUUUUUAAAGUAAGUAGGAAAGACGUUUUAUAUAUAUAUAGUUGUAUAUAUGGCUGUUAAACAGGAAUUUGGAUCAUGACUUCAGUAAAUGUUUUGGGAAUGAUGAAGUUAUGCACAUAUUUUGCAAGAAAUUGACAUGUAUUUAAACAAUAAAAUAUUAGAUGUCAGUCAA